AUGGAUUCCUUGCCAGACGCACUAUCUCCAAAUCUACAUCUAGCUCAUCCAACACAGAAUGAGAAUCUAUCGAUAUGGAGAGAUACAUCUGAAGAAUGGAAGGCAGCCCUGACGGUUUCAGAGUACAUGAACGAAUAUCAAUACCUCACGACCGUACCUCUAGCAAAGGAUGGAUGCAUGACGCAGUGGAUUUUAGUGGAUAAAACCCUUCCAGCUGACCAGCGAACUAUUCUCGCGUCAUGCGAAACGUUCCGAAAAUGUUCUCUUACCCAGGAACUAGAUGGGAGCAUCAAAGACACAGUCACUCAUGGAGUUGCAAGUGUAUACUGCGAACCAAAAUACCGAGGGCGAGGUUAUGCAUCACGGUUGAUGGUUGAACUGUCCCGGACGCUCCUAACUUGGCAAGCCGAUGGGAGAGAAUGUGUCGCUAGCAUCCUAUUUUCCGAUAUUGGGGGAGACUUCUAUGGCAAACGCGGGUGGUAUGCGUUCCCUAGCCACCAUAUCAGAUUUGAGCCAGCGCCCAUGCAGUUACACUCUGUUAAACCGAUAUUUAAUGAUGAUCUGGGCCCACUUUGCAAGUUAGAUGAGCAUCUUGUGCGAAAAUCGAUGACAGCUGCACCUCCAGGGAGAUUGCGACAUAUGGUCAUACCAGACCUCGAUCAUAUAUUAUGGCAUGGAUGUAGAGAGAAGUUUUCAUGUGAGAAACUCUUUGGAAAAAUACCAGAGUUCAAGGGGGCUAUUGCAGGAGAUCCCGGAAAUAGAGUAUGGGUCCUUUGGAAUCACCGGUUUGUUGGAGCCCCAGGAGAUAAAAAUGCGGCCAACACACUGUAUAUCCUAAGAUUGGUUGUGGAGAAUCACGCCGUUCUUCAGAGUCUUUCCACUGAUCCUGCACAGCAGCUAUCACUUGACGAAGAGCAACAACUGCUUGUUUGCCAUGCUAGAGACGCAAUACGGUCAGCUCAGAAUGAGGCUGCUGGGUGGAAGUUGAAUUCCGUAGAGAUCUGGGAUCCAUCUGCCCAAGUUCAUGCUUUAAUACAGCGAACAGGAGUUCCAUAUCAGGAGAUAACGAGGGUUGAUAAUGAAAUAUGCUGUCUCAACUGGUUGAGAAAGGAGGAAGGCAAAAGCGCCACCGUGGAAUGGGCUGCAAUUGAAAAAUAUUGCUGGUGCUAA